AGUGCCGCUCGCGCAGUGCCUGGGAUAGAGAUGGCCUCUGUCAGCGCUCCCCGCGCGCUCUGCCGUCUGGCCGGCCGGGUGCGACCCACUCUGUCCCGACCUGACCUGACCCGGUCGCUGUCCGGGGUCACCGCCACCCAACUACAACGACCGAGUGUCCGCAGCGGGACAGCUCUGAUCUGGGUGCCCCGCGCCGGUCUGGCCACCCGCUCCGGGCCGCGAGCCACAGCCAGCCAGCCUCUGAGCGACCCAGUCUCCUCUCCCGGCGCUGACGCAGCCUCCGUCGGCUCCCUUGACGUCGCCAUCGACGCCGCUGACGUCGUCGCCACCGAUGAGGCUGGCCGGUGUCUCCGCGUUCAGUGGCGGGACGGCUCCGAGUCUUUGUACCCGUUCGUCUGGCUCCGGGAUAACUGCCAGUGUCCGGCAUGCUUCCUCGGCCACCCUACGUUCGUGCGCUCCCUGGUGCUUCGCGACCUCGACGUCAACACUUCCGUAGAGGCCUGCAGAGUGACCUCGGACGGCUCAGAACUGAGCGUGACAUGGUCGGACGGUCACCAGGGAACCUACGCUGCCGAGUGGCUCCUGCUCAGAUCGUUCCGUCCAGAGGAACAGAGGAGGCGGAGGGAGGAACACAGCGUGGAGAAGAGCCACUGGAACGCCUCCCAGAUGUCCGGGAAGCUGCCCAAGGCUGACUUCCAGCAGGUGCUGGACUCUGAGCCGGCUCGGCUGGCGCUGCUGCUAGCGCUGGAGCGGUACGGCCUGGUGGUGCUGCAGAACUGCGGCUCCGAGUCCGGCCAGGUGUUGAAGCUGAUCCAAGCCAUCGGCUACCCGCACACCACCCACUACGGAACCACGUUCAAGGUGACCACCAAGGCCGACCCCAUCAACAUCGCCUACACGACCAAGCGGCUCAACAUGCACGCCGACCUGCCGUACUACGAGCAGCAGCCGCAGGUGCAGCUGCUGCACUACCAGCGGCAGCACGGCGGCGGCGGAGGGCGCUCGGAGUUCGCCGACGCGCUGCACGUGGCUGCCGAGCUGCGCCGCCUGCAGCCGGAGGCGUACCGCGUGCUGGCAGACACACCCGUCGACUGGGUGAACGUCACCCUCCCCGGAGAGACCGGUCGCAGCCACCACAAGCUGUUCCGCGCGCCGGUGCUGCAGGAGGAUGCUGAGGGCCGUCUGGUGGGACUCCGCUUCAGCCAGGCGCAGAGGGACUCCUUCUUCGGCGCGCCUCUGGGUGUCGUCGACCGCUGGUACCGCGCCUUCGCCCUCUUCAACCGGAUGCUGAACGAUGAGGAGUACAAGGUGAGCUUCCUGCCGCAGCAGGGAGACAUGGUGAUAUUCGACAACACCAGACUCACCCACGGAAGGGAGGACUUUGAGUGUCCCGAGCAGGCCACACAGAGGUGCCUGGAGGGUGGCUACAUUGGCCUGGAUGACAUCAGAGACCACAGGCGCACGCUGCAACACCGGCUCGGCAGGAACGAGUUCGGACUCUGAAGGGAGCGGGACGCAGUGGUUUUAGAUGUCUUGAGCCCGGCUUGAGUCGCACCGAUGUUAUGAUUUCAUCGGUAUCAUCGAUAAAAUAGUCUUAUCGAUCAGAAGGAAACAUCGCACAACCAAUGCAACUUUGUGUGUCUUCUAAUCCUAGCUAGUAUCGAACCUUUGUCAAUUGUCAAUGCCUCCUAAGGUAGGAGGUGACAAGUUUCCUGUGACGCAUUAUCGGCACGUUUGCGUGACAUGUAAAAAACGUGAGUUUGUUAAUGUUACGCGCUAACAGCCAACAUACGUCGCCAUCAACCCGUGCCCAAGUCCACUCUGUAGUGCGUCGUUUGUUUACUCCGUAGCGACCGAAGCAUGUGACCGAUGCCAGACCUGCUGUCUAUGUGUCUAAAGUCCAGACGGAUGCUAUCGUCUGGAUAUUGUCAAUUGGGUGUCCGACUUGCAUCGGAGCUAAUUCGUGCGUGGAUCGUUGUGGUUGAACGAUGGUGACACGAAUGCAAUUAUUUUGUUGUUAUACGUAUUUCAAACAUGCGAAGUAUCGAUCGAAGCUGUGAGCUACAUAUAAUGUGAAUUAAUAGAUUAUACUUAUAGCGGUUAGGGAUGACUCAAUUGCCACUUGAUCACAUACCUAACUAUUUAAGUUUUGAGGAGCAAUAACUCCCUGAUCUAUAGCUUACAAUCUAUUUACUUCUAUGGUAGAUCAUGGUGUAAAUGCAAUGGUCUUUUUAGUUGAUGCUAUCUUUGUUUAUAUCUAUAUUUGUUUGAUUUUGUUCUUUAAAACACUGGUGCUGUGAAAAUAAAUCCGAAAACUGA